AUGAAUGAUUAUCUCUAUCUGACUGUGGUGGACUGGACACCUGUCAUGGUUGUCCCCUGCCUCAAGACUGUUGGAGAUAGACACCAGCUCUCCAUGACCCAGAGACGAGAAAGCGGGUUAUGUGAGCCCAUUACUGGGGAUUGUAUCUGUCCUCCGAGGACGCUGCUCCCUGAGUGCACUCAGUGUGAGCCUCAGACAUUCGGCUGCCACCCAGUAGUGGGCUGUGAGGUCUGCAACUGCUCCUGGACUGGAGUGAUCUCCUCUGAUGUCAGCUGUGACACGUUCAAUGGACAGUGCAGAUGUAAGAACAACGUUGUUGGUCGCCAAUGUGACCACUGUGCCCCUGGUUUCUACGGUUACCCUAACUGUAGGCCAUGUGACUGUAAUGAGGCGGGAACAGAGGAGGGAGUGUGUGAUUCUUACACAGGACGGUGUCUCUGCAAGGAUAACGUCCAGGGUUCUCGAUGUGAUCAGUGCAGAAUCGGUACGUUUCACUUGGAUCCAACCAACCCAAAAGGGUGCACCAGCUGCUUUUGUUUUGGGGCCACAGAUCGCUGUCACAGCUCCAACAAAAGACGUUCAGAGGUCUUUUCUUAUGGAGGUUAUCUGAGGUAUCGUCUUCAUACCCAGACUAUGAGAGGAGAUUCUCUGCCUCUGCCGGCAGAAGCUUCCAGGCCUGAUAUCAUUCUGAAGGGAAAUCAGAUGACCCUGGUGUUCAUGGAGAGAGAGUAUUCCUCACCCGAAGAGCCUCACCUGGGAAUAGUUCACAUAGUUGAGGUAAAAUCACUCUUAUGAAAGCAAAACAAUCUAUAAUUAUUUCAGAUGUCAAACUCACAGCACAGCAGAGUA